UCAUAUUCCCUGUACAAGCCUUGUCGACCCUCUAGUCGAAAUUCAUGAAUAGUAGGGCUGGCAGUGUAAUACAAUAACCUAAGGGUGUGUACCCAGCACCAUGAACAAGAUUAAAAUGGGAAUCGGUACCGAUCCCAGAGUUAAUCAUCGCGAUCACCUGGUGUGUCCGAACUAAGGUACGUGUAAACAUAAUAAUGUAAGGGUUAUAAGGUCUAUAAAUACACGUAGCUUCUAAGGAAAGAUGGACAUUCGAACUGGACGUCAUGGAGCUCAUGGAUGCAAGAACAAAGUUAUACUUAAUAAGUGUCGCCUAUUUUGUACAGCUUAUAAAUGGCGACGCAAGAAUCUCAAGAGCCGAUAUUAGUGCAGUUUUGGGUGAAAACGACGAUCCUAACUUUUGGCCUUCACGAGGUCGAAGAAAUAGCCUGGAACCCAAAUUCAAACAAUACUUGGAGAGGAAAUACAGCAUGAAUUCUUUAAACGGACAUUUACAAAAGCCACUUUACGUUGAUGAACCAAUGUGGCUAACAAUGGAUAGAAGAGCUGAGGGAGAUGAUGACUAUUUCUGGGUUACAAGAGGACGAAGAGCAAAUAGUUGGAAGCAUUCGACAGCUGCAAAACCAACAACAAAUUCAAAUUAUCGUUAUAGAGACGAGUCUGAUAACAAAAUUAAGUAAAAAUUCGUUGUUACUAUUUGGCAAUAAAUUAUCAUGUAGUGAUUUAUAAUUUCUAUAGUAAAUUAAAAUAAAAUGUUUAUUGGUUUA